CAGGAGACAUUAUUCACUUCAGGAAGUUCACUCAGAAGGUGCUCAGCAUAAGGAGAGGAAAACCAGCAUGGCAGCAGACAGCAGCAUGCCUCUUGAAGAAAAACCAAGCACUAAUCCUCCAAAAAGGGCUGUGUACAAGAUUCGACUGGCUAGUGAAGUCUCCAGCCUGGCACAAGGUUGGCAGCAGUGGGCAUCUGAUCACCAUGUAAAGCAAGCCAAAGAGCCCUCUGGAUGGGUUGCCCCGGCAGCAGACUCAUCAGCUGAACCUGUACAAGAAAACUCCUUUGAAAAAUGGCCAAAUCCACCUGUCAAGAGGGACCAGGGAAAAGAUGAUGACAAAUCCUCAGCCAAGGAAUCAGUUACAGUAAGAGAUGCUGAAAAAUAUUCAAGGGAAUCAGAUGAAGCCCUCAAAAAGUUCAAUAUUAAAAGCAAAGAAGUGACCAAAACAGUUGUAAGCAAAGCCUAUGAACGAGGAGGUGAUGUUAGUCUCCUCAGUGAGAGAUACGAGACUAACAAUUGCAGCUCAGAGAUGGCAAAGCUCAAAGAAGAAUCAAGUAAUAUUGACAAAAUUCUUAGUGGGAAAUUAUCUCCAAGCAUAAGGAGAAAGUGUUCAAACACGGUGUCAGAGCUGACCAAGGGCUGGAAACAGAUGGAACUGGAGGAUAAAGAGCAGGCUAAGGAAAAACUGCUGCUUAAGUGCCAGGCUGACAGUCUGGAUACAGAGGACAGUGGCUAUGGGGAAGCAGAGGACAAACCUGAGCAAGAAGACAGUGACAGAGAGGUGACAGCGGUGAGGAUUAAGCGGCCUACACCAACUUCUGCAAACAGCUUUACUGAAGAAGCACGCAGCAAGGCCCGCAGAAAAUACAGCUCUGUCAACAACCUGAAGGGCAGAUGGCAAGACUGGGCUGAGCAGCACAUUGCAACACAGAAGCUGAACCCCUUCAGUGAAGAAUUUGACCACGAACUGGCCAUGUCCACGCGCCUGCACAAAGGAGAUGAAGGCUACGGCCGUCCUAAAGAAGGAACUAAAACUGCUGAAAGGGCCAAGAGAGCAGAGGCCCAUAUCCACCGGGAGAUCAGAGACUUGUGCCUCAUCAUUGAGUCAAUGGCCAAGCCACGGCCCGACGGCAAGAUCCAAGUCACUUUUGGGGAACUCUUUGAGCGAUACGUCCGUAUUUCAGAUAAGGUUGUUGGGAUUCUCCUGAGAGCCAGGAAACAUGGGCUGGUGGACUUUGAGGGAGAAAUGUUAUGGCAACGAAGGGAUGAUGAUGUCAUAAUUACUUUAUUAAAAUAGCAGGCUACAACCAGAACAACUUGUUUUGGUAAGCCUUUAGUUCCCUCUUGCUACUAGCAUUUGCACAUUUGGAAUAUAAGAUUCCCCUAUUCACCCUCAUAGAAGGACAUUGAGCAUCUAAUUGUAUUUUUUUACCUACUGGAUGAUAACACAAGCAUUCAAAUGGAUUGCUACAUUAAAAAUAAAGAGAAAAAUCUAUAUUGAAUAUAAGCAGAUGAUUAUUAAAACCCAUAGCAACAACUGAAUUCAAAUUUUUCCUUGUUCUUACAGUCAAGAUCUUCCCAAUUAUUUAAAUUGGGAUAUCAGGAAUAUAAACAAUACCAGAUCAGAAGCUGAAUUAUAAUUUUAAAUCAGAUCAAAUUUUUGAUUGUGAAAGUCAUCUUGCGCAUGCAUUUUCUAAUUCAUUUAUUUAAAAUGCAUUUUAAGAUAGUUUGUACACAUAAGCAAUGAUUCCACAUUCAUCCUUACAAGCAAGAUAUGCAAAUAUUACUGCAGUAUUAGCCUGUGGCAACUAGUGACAUCACUUUCUCUUACAUAUCACAUAGAAACUAGGAAAAAAUCCUUAUUUUUAUAAAUGAAGUUUUAUAUUUAAUGUAUUUGUGUUACUAAUUUAUUAGAUUGUUUCAUAUAUAGAAUUGUGGGUGUUGUAGACAAAAAUAUUAGAGAAUGUAAUGCACGCACACAAAACUUGGAUAGCCACAUAGAAAAUACCUCCUGUGCAAUGUUGUGCAAUCUGUCAUCUCAUUAUCUAUGUAAACACAAUUCUUACAAAUAAAGGAAAACAAUGUGUAACAUAUAAA